AUGUUCUCGCCGGUCCCCCCAGGCCCUUCCUCCCCGCCGCCGUCGGUACCACGCCGCCGAAACAGCGCCCACCCCGUCCAGAACGCACAGCACUAUUCCCCUCCCCCCUCCACCGCCACCACCUCGUCGUCAGCAAACGACGACGGACCCUACCGAGACUCGCUCUCCGUCCAGCCCCUCGCCGUCUCGCUGCCUCGCCCGGACUCCACGAUCCUCCCCGGGCCCGGCGAGGGCGACUCCCCGCUCCUGGACCCGCGACACUUCACCGCCGUGGUGCGCCGCGGCGAGACCGUCCAGUACUGGCUGCCCGUCGAGGGGGUCAUCAGGGGCCUGCCGGGACGGAGGUGCGUUCCUCACGGACACUGGGAGAGGCUCGUGGAGCUGGCCGAGGACGUGAGCGUCUGUACGGAUACCGGCGAACGCACUGGGGGUGUGCAGCUUGUGACGGCGUGGUGCCAUGCCAGAGAGUUGACUAGAAAUGGGGAGCAUGUGAACUAG